AUGUUAAAAUCAGAGUUUUCUUAUCUAUUUAAGAAUUAUUCUAAAUAUGAACAACAAUUUGGUCAUUGUCAAAUUCUUCACGAACUUCAUAACAAUUUUACACAACUAUUUUGUCAUGCUUUUGUCAAACAUCUAUUUCAUUAUUUAAUAACCUCAAUUAUUACAACAAUAAGUCAUUUACUUUUAUAUUUAAUAACAAUUUUUCUUCGUCGAUACGUUCAAAAUCAUAAAUAUGAAUAUAGUCAUUGGUGUUUUUCAUUGCAAUCAUCACCAAUACUUAAUACAGAUCGUUCUAUGAUAAUAUCUUCAAACCAAAAUCAACAAGAUGAAAUAGAAAAAACAUUUGAAUAUCAAAAUCAUCCCAUAAUAAUUCAUUAA